GUGUGGGUGACUGUCAGAGACUUCGCCGCCAAGCUGGGAACCUGGGAGAUGGCCGAGACCGACCCCAAGACCAUGCAGGACCUCACCUCGGUGGUGCAGACCCUCUUGCAGCAGAUGCAGGAUAAAUUUCAGACGAUGUCUGACCAGAUCAUUGGAAGAAUCGAUGACAUGAGUAGUCGCAUUGACGAUCUGGAGAAAAACAUUGCAGACCUCAUGACGCAGGCUGGGGUCGAGGAACUGGAAGGUGAAAACAAGAUACCUGCCACACAGAAAAGUUGAAGGUUGCGGAUAAAUUGCACUGAAAUCUGGAACACCAUUUUCCAAGCCACGAGAAGACCAAAUGGCUUUCUGCAACCUACCACUAUGUGUAGACAGGUUUUAUAUUGUAAAGCGUGCAUUCUUACCACGUCCUAUAGAGUUAGUUUCUAGAGUGAUUUCCCCCCAGUUUCUCAAACAUGGUAUCUUCCCGUCUUGGAACUUGGUUGUGCUCGUUAUUAAACACUAAAACUUUGGCAGUUCCCAUAUAAAAUUGUCAGAUUUUUUAGUGUA